CAGUCUUCUUAAACAUUCUUAAAUUAAUAGAAGAUGAAGAGAGGAAACUACACCUCACACCUGAACAUUGCAGAAGGGGUUACAGAUGAAGGUCAAAUUGAAUUGGCAUAUAAUCCAUCGACUGGAUUUGGGCUGCAUAAGUAUCAAAGUCUCAAUAAUUUACUUGUCUUGAAUACUAACCCAUUACUGCUGAAUGGAGUGAUGUCGCAAACAGUAUCUAAUGUGCAUGAUGAAAAAUCAUAUGAAGAUUUUUUUGAGAAAUACAGGAUACUUGAGAACAAGCUGUAUAAAUUUAAACGAUUGCAAUGGUAAUGCUUUCAUCUCGAAGCCUGCUUAAAAUAUAGAAUAGUACCAAGAGGCCUCAGGGUUUUAAAUAUGCCAAGCUAUGGUGCUACAUCUCCAGAACUCUCAAGGCAGUGGCAAGUCCUAAACCUUAAACUGAGUGUUCAAUAUAUGCAGCUAUUAAUAGAUUUUUUUCACCCACAAGAAAAAGAACUGCAUGAUGAGAUCUAUGCCUUGCAAAAUGAACUGUAUGAUUUAUUUACAAAUGAAGUUAUGGGAGAUAAGCUUCAUACAUUAUAUGAAAGCAUUGAUUUGUAUGCCAAAAGACUACAAACAGUUAAAGUCUGGAAACUACAGAGAAAUUUGGAAGAUUUUCAAAAAGGGGCAGUUGUUUCAUAGUCUAAAGAGAGAGAGGGGUGAAGCCACUUUACUAUGCAGAGGAUCUGAAAAUAGAGUGGCAACUAAACAACCAAUAGAAAUACCAGAAGACACUUCAGUUUCAACACAAGCGGAAGUAACAUCUAGAAGUGGUUCAGUAAUGGACAGAGUAGAGAACACUGAAGUAAAUGAAUGCUUGCGAUCGUUUGAGAUGGAUUCUCAAACUAGAACUAAUAAUAGCAACAAAAAAACAGAUUUAAACAUCAGCCAAAGAAUGACAAGGUACCAUAAUUCACCAUCUACUUCAGGAGCCUUAAAUUUGAAAGCAAAUGAACCCAUUGUUAUGGUGAGCAGUUUUUUACUGAAGGAGCCGCUCCCUAUAAGAGAGCAUUUGAAGAGCAGAGGGAGAAAGGGCCCGACACCUACAGAGCACGAACAACCCAGAGAAUCAGGAGUGGACUUGGAAGAGACGGUAACAAGUUUAGUGAUAAAUAUUUCUUCAUAUACUUUGACUGAAAUGCAGCUUUCAUUACUGCCCAAAGGACUGAACUUUACUCCUGCACAAAAAGGUAAUUUAGGAGAAAUAUUUAAAGACUUGAAAUUGUUUGGGAGAACACUAACCCUAAAACUAUGUUUAAAAACAAUACACAGAGUUAUGAAAUUUUUGAAAAACCAAGCACUUACAUUCCACCCCCUCCCCCCAUGGUUGAAGCUUUUAUUGACUGUUGUGAUAAACAAAUUAGGGAUAUGUUUUCUGAAAAACUUACUGCGAGUUAUUAUAAUAUCUCUCUUGCAGAAUCUGGAGCUCUAAAUGAGUUAAAGGAAAUGUCGAGUAUUGAAAUUAGACCUGCAGGCAAGGGAGGGGGUAUUGCUGUCCUAGACAAAGAUUUGUAUUUACAGCAGAUGAAACGGCUGCUGAAUGAUGAUAAAACAUAUACUAAUGUGUCAAAAAGCAUUGCGAAAGGCAUUAUUGAUUAAGUUUCUUUUUUUGUUUUUGAUUUACUGCUUACAGGUAUAAUCAAUGAAUCACUAUUUAAUUAUUUUAGUGUAGAAUGUCCCCUGAUCCCUAACAUGUAUGGUUUACUGAAAAUUCAUAAACACUAUAUUGUUCCACCUAUGCUCCAGAUUGUUUCCAGCAAGGGCUGGUCAACAGAACCUUUGUCUAUUUAUAUUGAAAAGAAUCUUCAUCCCUUUUUAGAUAUGUGCGAUACUAUUUUGAAAGAUACUACAAUGUUUCUACAGAGAUUAUACCUGAAAAUGAAACAUUUGAAUAAUGAAUAUUUUUUUGUUACGCUGGACAUUGAAUCAUUAUUCACUGUUAUACCUAAUGAAUGGGGCAUUGAAAAUGUCAGGAAGUUUUUAACUGCUAGGAAUAUUGAUUCUAAGAAAACUAAUUUAAUAUGUAUUUUACUUGAGAUGGUUUUAGAAAAUAAUGUUUUCGUUUUUGACAGAGAAUUUUAUUUACAGAAGUUUGGUGUAGCUAUGGGAACAGUUUGUGCCUAUAGCUAUGCCAACCUUUCUUUAGUACAAUGGGAAAUUGAUCAUGUUUUACAAAAUGAUAUUUUAAUGGCUAUAUCAAAUUGUAUGUACAUUUUGUGGAUGAUGUUUUUAUGCUAUGGACUGGACCAGCUGAAAAAUUGAUAGAUUUUAUUGCUUAAUUACCUACAACAGGUUUUUUGAAGUUCACAUAUAUUCAUAUGAUGGAAUAGAAUUUUUAGAUGAAAAAAUUAGUACGACAGAUUUGAAUAAUAUACAGAUGGGUCUCUAUAGAAAAUCAGUUAGGAAGAAUAAUUUAUUGCACAAUAAGAGUAUGCACCCAAAACACGUUAAAUGGAAUGUAUUAAAGGGACAAGUAUAUAGGAUUAUGCAGUUAAAUAACAAUGACACCAAGCUAAAGUCAGCGCUAACAAAGUUGAAAGAAGAGUUUAUAACCAGAGGGUAUAAUGUAAGAGAGAUAGAUGAAUGUAUUAAAGAAGCAUGGAAAGAAAGAGAGGCCAGAUGUAAACCAUACUAUGGUGAAAAUUUAACGGAAGCAAUAAACAGUGAUGAAUUGCAGAGGAAACUAACAGAUAAUGUUUUAAGAGUUCCUCUUCCAUUUUCUAGUAAUGUGAAUAAAGUUUACGAUGUUAUUAAAUGAAAUUGGAAAAUUUUAACUACAGUUGAUGAAUUGAAAGAGGUUGUAGGGGAUGGACCCCAUUUUACUUUUAGAAAUAAAUCACUAAAGAGACAUUUAUGCUAUAGAUCUCAUAUUGAGAGGGGUGAAUUGAUGUCAGAUAGGCAGGGGACCUAUGCAUGUAGAAGUUCUACAGCAUACAACUAUAUCCAUUCAGGAUGUUCAUUUACACAUCCAUUCAUGGGUUUUAAGAUAGAUUUUAAUUUCUAUGCUGACUGUAGGACUAAACAUAUUAUAUAGUUUAGUUAUUGUACAAUAUGUUAUGGAUUUUAUAUAGGAAAAAACUAACCACACGUUCAAAGAUAGAAUAUUAGAACACUGCAGGGACAUCUGUAAUGAAAAAGAUACUAGUGCUUUAGCACAACAUGUAAAGAAAAAAGGUAACAGUCAUGCAUUUAAUUUUUUUGUCUUAGAAGUGAUUUCUGAGGGGAUUAGGGGUGGUGAUGUAAACAAAUACCACUGAGGCAACAGAAAAAAGAUGGAUUCUGCUGUUUCAAGCAGAUAAGUUUCCAGGCUUGAACAAUAAGAUAUGAUUAAAACUCUUUUGAAAGCCAGAACACUACAACACUGAAAUUGGUUUCAUGACCUGGGUGAUAUAUUUUGUAUAUGCUUUUCAUGUUUUUUAAAAUAUGUUGUGUUUCAAGCUGUUUGUAUAGGUAAUAUAUUUUUAAGAGGUAAUUAAUUAAUAUUGAUGGAGGUGAUUUGAUUGGUUGAUUACCUGUUUAAAAUCUCUUGUGUUUCUAUGACUGUUGUCUGAUGAAGCAGUUAGCUAGACCGUGAAAGCACUUACAUUUUUUACCUUUUUUAU